AUGUGUUUAUUCAGCAGACGGCCAAACUGGGAAGAUGACGUUGUAUUUGCGAAUCGACACCGCAAGCACCAGCCCCAGCACCAGCGAGCCUCAAGAUCUAGAACGGAAUUCGUAGAAACGUCAAAAGUUGUUACCAGACAAUCACAACCACGCUCCUUACGUCCAUCCGUCGAAUACGUCCCCGCGCCCUCUCCCUCUCCCUCUCCCUCUCCUUCUCCACCACCACCUCCUCCGCCUCCUUUAAUCAUCAAAUCCGCACCAGCACGCGCACCCAGCCCCCCCGAAACAAUCGCACUGGUUCGCGUAGAAGAAGAGCGCAGGUCGAGGGGCGGUGACAGCGAUGACGGUGGUGGCACGAGCGUGAGUCGGCGCAGUAGAGGGACGGGCAGCAAAAGUGGCGGUGGGGGUGGGGAUGAGGAGGUUUAUAUUGAGCGGGAGAGGAUUCGGGAGCGCAUGGCUCCACCUCCAGCGCCGUAUGCUCCGCAGCAGGAAUACGAUACCUAUCGGUAUGUGCCACCGCCGCCACGGGAGAGGGAGAGGGAUGAGAGUAUAGAUCGUAGAAGGAGCAGGAGCAUUACGUACGAGACGAAUCCGAGGACUAGUGGGCGGGUUGUUGAGAGGGAGCGUGUCGUGGUUGAGGAUGGGGGGAGGAGAAGGGAGUAUUAUCGUAGGCCUUGA